AUGGAUCGUCGCAUAUACCGACAAUACAUCCACGAAGAGCACAAACAAGUCUACUUCACAACUCGAGGAAUCGAUGCUGCAAAAGCUGGAAAGACGCUGAAAGAAAAAUCAAAACGAAUGAUGGAAGCUGGGUUCGAAGCUAACCGAAAUCCCGACCAGUUGCCCAACGAUCGCAAGACGACCGACUUGACUCUGCCGGAAAUGUUGUCCUACUAUAUGUUCAACAUCAGGAACACCGAAGCUAUUAAAACGAUUGUUAACAUUCUUUACAACUGUCCGGAGGUUCGAGAGAAAUACGUGAAUUGUCAAAAUCCAAAUAUGCCAUUUGGAAACAUUUUGGGACGAAUCAUCCGUACUCUAUUGAAUACUAGAGUUUCCCCUCCUCCUGUGCUUCCACUUUAA